AUGCUGUGUGAAAAUUGCCAGCAGUCAGCCUUGAGCGAUGAUUCGUCAGCCUUUCGGGUUGAGACUGACGAGUUCGGUCACAGUAGCGCAGUGACAGACGAAGACUCAAUAAUACCAACCGACUAUUUCCUUCUGGAUCACUUCCCUGAGCUCCCCAAACUGCGCGAAUCAGGCCACGGCGGAUGUGAAUUUUGCUCAUUUAUACGAGAAAGCAUACUAUCUAGCGACAAUGUCAGCCGCCUCCAGGAUCCUUACGGAGUUCGAAUCACAAGCCUUAGUGAAGAGGAGGUAACAUUGCGAGUCCGCUAUCUCUGGAAUUAUACAAUCGCGGACACAGAUAUCAAGAGGCAUUUCCUACAAGUAAUCGUUAAAUUUGUCAAUAUCGAUAUUGGAUUUGGCAUAUUCUGUAGGAUUAGAGCUGCAGAGAAGGGUGAUCCUGUCGCACAAUGGUUGCGUCUUGAUGAUUCGUCGACCCAAGCCUUCACCGGUGCAAAGACUAUCGGAUGGAUCAAGGAACGCAUCCAUGAGUGUACAAAGCAUAAUCAUGAGCUACCAUCUCCCGAAUUCAUCCCCAGCCUUCUGCUUGACGUUCGCGGGAAGUCCCCGAAACUUACGGAUCAUGAUACUUUGAUUUCCAGUCGUAAGACCCUUGGGCAGCUCAAGGUUCAGACUCCACGAUAUACUGCUUUGAGUUACUGCUGGGGCACGGCCGAGGAUGCCAAGGUACAAUUAAAGACAACAAAAUCCUCCUUUUCAAAACGCCAAGCCGGUAUCGAACCCCAUGAGAUCACUCCUGUGUUGCAAGAUGCAAUAAUCAUCACAAAGCAACUAUCAAUUCCUUACUUGUGGAUUGAUUGUCUCUGCAUCUUUCAGGAUGACAUAACGGACUGGGAUCGGCAGUGCGCUGAAAUGGACAAGAUCUAUGGCCAUGCGGAGAUCACGAUCGUCGCUGCAUCUUCGACUUCUUGUCGGGAGGGCUUCAUACAACGAAGAGUUCCUCGAAUCAAACUCCCUUUUUAUUCUACUCUCAACCGAAUACUUCACGGUUCAAUGUGGAUAGAAUUAGGAUUUGCUGGAGAAAAUCUGAAUUUACCUCUAUCGGAUAUCUAUUUGGAUGCUGCGGCGAGUCGACUCGCGACAAGGGGCUGGACUGUCCAAGAGAGGCUUUUAUCUACACGCCAAAUUGUGUUCGGAAAAUUCAACGCGCAUUUCAUUUGCCCUUGGGGAUAUCAGUCAAAUGGUGGCCCCCUAACUGUGGGGAAAUGGUUGAACAGCAUUCAUUCUGCAAGGACAACAAGCGACGUACAAGAACUGUUCCGUGCGUGGUCCCGCGUCUUGAUAGAAUACCGAGAUAUAGGUGAGGAUUCGUUCACUCAUGCUACAGAUCUUUUGCCCUCUCUAUCUGGCAUGGCUGCCGAUUUUGCGAAACGACUAAAGGACGACUACUUUGCCGGCCACUGGGGGAACGACCUCAUCAUGGGUUUAAUGUGGUCGUCGGAUAGUGGUUUCAAAAUCUCAAAGUCUGUCCAUCUCGGCCGUGUUUGCGCACCACUUCAAUAUGUGGUUCCGUCGUGGAGUCAGUUGUUCCACUCAGGUCUGACAAAUCCCCCCGAUGCAAAUUCACUGUUGCAGUUGUUCUACCCCGCAGUGGAAUGCAUUGAGGCACGCACAUCAAUAAGUGGAAGCAAUGUAUUUGGAACUAUCAAGAACGGUGAGCUCCGGGUGCGUGGCCACACUCUGAGUCCACAGGCCACGAGCGUGAUCCAGUUCAAGUCGGCGGAACCACUCUUCCCACCGCGGAGUGGCCAAGGAAAUGAAUGGCGUUUUAGGUUUGAGCGAUCCGACGGCGAGAGCCUCUUUUGCGAUGUCCGCCUCGACUUUUCUUUGCCAAUUAUUGAGAUCCACGAGGAAGUCAAGCUGUGGAAGUGGAUUUUACUUGGAACAUGCAAGCUGGGUCCAUUCGGCAAGUCGAGGCGGCUGGAAAAGACAGGAGAAGAUAUGCACCCAUUUGGUCUUCUUGUCCAUAGCUGCAGGCGCUCAGAAUGGUGCAGGAUUGGGGUGUUUGUGCCUGCUUGGGGUAGCUUCCAAGGCUCGCAGCUUUCACUCCAAACUUUCCAGAUGGCAAGUACUUUGGAAGACAUCACUAUCAUUUAA